AAGAAGUCAAAGUCCAAAACGAAUCCUAUAAAUGUUCUGGGUUUGCUGACACUUUUCACAGGAAACUAUCAAUAUUUCAUCAACUGAGCUACAGAGAGUCUUCACUGAAGGAAAAGGAGGUCCACUUCCUUUUGUACAUUGAGUGAAAAAUGAAGAUUCCACUUGCAUGUGUGCUGUUGCUUUCUACCACUGCGUUCUGUCAAGAUCAGGUUGUAACAGCCCGUUACCGGCAAUUUAUAAACCAGCAUGUCAAUGCCGGAAUGAGCCAAACCCGAUGCGAUGCUGUAAUAACCCAAAGACACAUCACAGAAACCGACAGCAACCGUUGCAAGGAGACCAACACUUUCAUCCGAGCCACCACUAACCACAUUAAGCCCAUUUGUGAUAGAGCAGGUGAGCCUUAUGGCAACUUGAUGAAAAGUCUUCAACCUUUUGACGUCGUCAUCUGUACUCUGAAAAACAAAGAUGCUAGACGUCCACAUUGCCAGUACAAAGGGGUUAGCCGUACCAGGAGAAUUGCAAUCAGUUGCAUGCAAGGCUUUCCUGUGCACUUUGACAGAGUCUUUGAUGACUGAUUAGUUUCAGUGAUGUUCAGUGUCUUGUUUAAUAAAAAAAAGACAUGAAACCUG